GUCAAGUUGGUCAAGUCAAGCCAAGUACAUACCUACAGAUCGACGAAUCGCCCCCUUGCGAUACUCGUUAUAAAGCUUGUGCUCUCGGGUCAUGUGAUUCUCUGGAGAAGGCGAACUGUGUACGACCGGAUCCAAGAUGGCACUGCCAACAAUUAAAAAUGUGGAGAAGGAGUCCGCCUUCGGAUUUGUUUAUGCAGUCUCUGGCCCAGUCGUCACGGCUGAGAAAAUGUGUGGGGCUGCCAUGUAUGAGUUGGUUCGUGUUGGCCACGAGGAACUGGUUGGUGAGAUCAUCAAGCUAGAAGGUGAUAUGGCUACGAUCCAGGUCUAUGAAGAAACUUCUGGUGUAACGGUUGGCGACCCUGUGCUCCGCACGGGCAAGCCUUUGUCCGUAGAGCUGGGUCCUGGGAUUAUGGACAAUAUCUUUGAUGGUAUUCAACGUCCAUUGAGAGAAAUCAAUCAGCUGACACAGAGUAUUUACAUUCCGAAGGGAGUGACUACACCUGCCUUGAGGAGGGACAUCAAAUGGGAGUUCAAACCAAUAAAUUUCAAGGUCGGAAGUCACGUAACGGGAGGUGACAUAUACGGAGUAGUUCAUGAAAACUCCCUGAUGAAGCACAAGGUUAUGCUGCCUCCCAAAGCAAAGGGUACCAUUACGUUCAUUGCAGAACCUGGCAACUAUUCUGUUGAGGACUGUGUCUUGGAAACAGAAUUUGAUGGUGAAAAAAGCCAGUUCACAAUGCUGCAGGUGUGGCCUGUCCGUACACUGCGACCUGUCACCGAAAAGCUUGCAGCAAAUAACCCCCUGCUAACUGGGCAGAGAGUCCUGGAUUCACUCUUUCCGUGUGUGCAAGGUGGUACCACUGCCAUUCCCGGGGCCUUUGGCUGUGGCAAGACUGUGAUUUCACAGUCACUUUCCAAAUACUCCAACAGCGAUACUAUCAUCUAUGUUGGGUGUGGAGAACGUGGAAACGAGAUGUCUGAAGUAUUGAGGGAUUUCCCUGAGCUGAAAACUGAGGUCGAUGGGAAAAGCGUUUCUAUUAUGGAUCGCACUGCACUAGUCGCAAACACAUCUAACAUGCCUGUAGCUGCUCGUGAGGCUUCUAUCUACACUGGCAUUACACUUUCUGAGUAUUUCCGUGAUAUGGGAUAUCACGUUGCCAUGAUGGCCGACUCUACUUCCCGAUGGGCAGAGGCCCUGAGAGAGAUUUCUGGACGUCUGGCAGAAAUGCCUGCUGAUUCCGGCUACCCUGCUUACCUGGCUGCCCGUCUUGCCUCCUUCUAUGAGCGUGCAGGGCGAGUAAAAUGCCUUGGAAAUCCAGAAAGGGAAGGAAGUGUCACAAUUGUAGGCGCAGUAUCUCCACCUGGUGGUGACUUCUCAGAUCCUGUGACAUCUGCAACACUUGGCAUAGUUCAAGUCUUCUGGGGCUUGGAUAAGAAGCUUGCACAGCGCAAACACUUCCCCUCUGUCAAUUGGUUGAUCUCAUACAGCAAGUACACACGUGCCCUUGAUGACUACUAUGAGAAGAACUUCCCAGAGUUUGUUCAGCUCAGAACAAAGUGUCAACAAAUUCUUCAAGAAGAGGAAGAUCUGUCUGAAAUUGUACAGCUUGUUGGCAAGGCUUCAUUGGCUGAGACAGACAAGAUCACCUUAGAAGUAGCCAAGCUGAUAAAGGAUGACUUCCUUCAGCAGAACGGCUACACACCCUAUGACCGUUUUUGUCCUUUCUACAAAUCUGUUGGCAUGUUGCGAAACAUGAUUGGCUUCUAUGACAUGGCAAGGACUGCAGUUGAGUCAACUGCUCAAAAUGAAAACAGAGUAACGUGGGCUCUUAUUCGAGAGGCCAUGGGGGACCUGCUCUACCAGUUAUCCAGCAUGAAAUUCAAGGAUCCAGUAAAGGAUGGUCAGAAGAAGAUCAAGCAGGACUUCGAAGACCUCUAUGAAAGCAUUCAGCAAGCAUUCCGUAACCUAGAGGACUAGAACUCUGUUGCUGGAUAGCAAAGACUGCCAGACUGCAUAGAGCUAGUGUUAUGAUCACUUGAUCAUUUUAUUACUGUGAUGUCUAAUCUCAUUCCAGUGGGAUUGCUGCAGCAUGUCUUUCUUUUUUUUGCUGUAGAUUAUGAUGAAAAGCAAUAUCUGCUACCAACAAAAGGUGGCAUGUCGUGCAUGUGCUAUAGCGUUGUUCUGAAACUCUGGUCAACUGGUUCUAUGUACAUAAAGAAACCUCAUGUUCCAUUGUGGUUUGGUUGAAGAAUUCCUGUUUAUAUUUUGAUGACUUCUAUUUGUAUGUAUGUGGUAACCAAGGUAACUUUAUUGUUGCUUUCAUUGAACAUCCGUUUUCAGGCUGAUUGGUAAUGUAAUUCACGUGAAUGGCUGUGUGUAUGGUGUUAUGUGAUUGCUCUGCAGUUAGAGUAGGAAAUAAAUAUAUGGAUAGAACUGUGAA